AUGUGGCUGCUCAGCGUCGAUAGUCUGGAGCUGAAAGAGUUCAUUGGCACCGAUAUCCCGCCCUACGCAAUACUCUCCCAUACAUGGGGCGCGGAAGAAGUAUCCUUCGUGGAGAUGAAGAAAAAAAAGUAUCGGGACCAGGCCAAGGCUAAAGCGGGCUUCUCCAAGAUCGGGGGAUGUUGUGCUCGCGCGAAAAAAGAUGGAUAUAAUUGGGCAUGGGUGGAUUCUUGUUGCAUAGACAAGCGAAGCAGUGCAGAGCUUUCCGAAGCCAUCAACUCCAUGUUUCCCUGGUACAAACACUCUGAAAUUUGUUACGUCUACUUAUCCGACGUUCCUGGUGGUCUCUAUGACUAUGACACGCUCGCAAACAGCAAAUGGUUUACGCGCGGCUGGACUCUGCAGGAGUUGCUGGCUCCCUGUAAAAUCCUGUUCUUCGCCCAGGACUGGACCGUGUUUGGCCAGAUAGGCAACUUUAACAGUUGGGUAUCACGAAUAACGCAAAUCCCUGAACCAUUCAUUACAGGCCAGAAACGGCUUGAGCAGGCUUGCGUAUCGCAGCGUAUGUUCUGGGCAUCCAGCAGAAAGACCUCCAGGCCGGAGGACUGGGCGUACAGCUUGAUGGGGUUGUUUGGCAUCCAUAUGCCCAUUAUAUAUGGAGAGGGUUUAGAGAAAGCUUUUGUGAGGUUACAACAAGAGAUCUUCAGCACUACGCCAGAUCAAAGUAUAUUUGCUUGGUACAUUUCGGGGAUGACCACGUUUCGACUGCUGGCCAAUACGCCGGCAUGUUUUCGGAAUUCGGGGAAUGUUAGGCGGUUAGGCCAGGAGAUUCAACGGUCCAAAGCGGAAAAUUCUUCCUUCCACAUGACGAAUCUCGGACUCCAGAUCACAUUGCCAAUCUACAGUAACAAAGGAAAUGGUUUCAAGAAGCAACGAGAAGCUACAUUGAAUUGUCAAGUUGAGGAUAAGAACGGGAAUCCGCGGCAACUUAGCCUGGCUCUAUCUUACUUGGACUCUGAGAUGGGGGGCCGCGUCAUCUAUAUGUGCCGAAGACCGGAUACGUGGACCUUCAGUAGUAAGAUGGGACAUCCUACCAGUAUCUGUAUACGCGGGAUUGGCUACGACGCUUCAGAACCUGAGCCACCUCCGGCACCUCCAAGAGGUGCCUUGAGUGCUGGAAACAUCAUGGAACAAUGCCUCAGUAUUAUCAGCUCCGCGACAAAUAUCGAUAAAAAGACACUCGAAGAUGGACUCACUUUCAGUGAGAUAGGCGCCGACUCGUUUGCUCUUGUUGAAGUUAUGUUUCUGAUAAAGCACAACCUGGGUGUGGAGGUUGAUAUGUAUGAUUUCUACGCCAACCCUAGCAUUGGCAUGUUCAUAUGUCAUGUGAUGCUCGAGUGGGAAGGGAAGACCUAGGCUUCUGAAACAAUACCUUGAACGCGGGUGGAUAGGCGCUCCUUGCCUAUCUAUCUCAUUCCAAAAGAUGCGGUGGUGAAUCAUGUAGCUGUGAAAUCCCUGGAUUAGCCAGGAACAUGGUGUUACAGGAAGCAAAUUUUCACGUGUUGGAACAUAUCAGAAGCCGC